GGAAACUCUUUGCUCUAAGGUCCUCCGACAGAGGAGGCUACAGGCCCCAAGAAACCCCAGGAGUCAUCCGAACCCAUGCGGCAAAUGCUGAAGGAAAUGCUGCAGGGACAACCAGUGAGGCAAGGACACAAUGUGCUGAAGGCGAGGUUUCCCGGAGGAAGCAGUGGCUCAAAGGCAGCCCCCAGUGCAGGAAGGGAGGCCAUGCCACGCACAGUCACAGGAGAUUUGGACCCCAACUUGCUUCAUUUGGAAAAGCUGGUAAAGCAAGGAUUAAGGAUCUUGGCGCUUGGUGAAGAUGAACCUGUUGAUGAAGAUGAUCCUGUUGAUGAAGGUGAUCUGGAUUCCCAACCCAUAUCCAUUACUGAGCCUCUGGAAGAUGCUGAGGGUGUGGCUGCAGGGAGAACUUUUCCAGCUCUUUUGGUGGAUACUGCACACAAGCCCAGCUCCCAUGGCAGGGAUCCCCUGAGAAGGAAGGAAAUGUGUAUAGGAGAUAGUGGGGCCCUGGAGGAACCCAAACAUCUGGACCAAAUUCUGAGUGAACCGGAGACACAGCAUGAUGCAGCCGGCACCACAGCACAUGCUGACAAUACUUGGAACAACAUGAGAAGAGCUUUCUGCUGGGGACCACAGUGUUUGAUUAAGAUAAUGGCCAUUGUGGCUGCUGGGUCACUUUUCCUGAUCACGGGCUGUGCCGGAAUCUGGUAUUGCUGGAAGAGAAAAUGGCACAUCCUUGAAGAAAAGCUGAACGCUAGUGACUGGUUCAGUGACCUCUACAGCCUGAAGAGCUACAGCAGCAGCUCUGAGCCUGACUAGUUUAUAUUUGCACCUCCAUGCUCUGCGGUGCUUUGAAGCCACAGGCCCAGCCCUUCAGCCAGGGCUGAAGGCAAAACCCC